AUGUCCUGGCAAGCAUAUAUCGACCAGAGCCUCGUUGGCUCAGGCAACAUCGACAAGGCCGUCAUUUGCGACAUCACCGGCGAGACCAUCUGGGCAGCAAGCGCUGACUUCAACCUCCCCACCGCCGAGCUGAAGGCCAUCGCCGACUCCUUCAACGACAAGAGCGAGCCCAAGAAGGUUCUCUCCGAGGGCGUCAAGGUCAACGGUGUCAAGUACAUGACCAUUGCCGCAGAUGACGACUCCAUCAAGUCAAAGAAGGGCAAGGAGGGCGUCGUAGCUCACAAGACCAACCAAGCCAUCCUCAUCGCUCACCACCCAGACGACGUCACCACCCCCGCCGCCUUCAACAGCGUCGUCGAGCUCGCCGAGUACCUCAAGGGCGUCGGAUACUAG